AUGCCUGCGUACGAGUCCCCAUUUCACGCAAUACUCGACACCAACAGCGUCCCCACGGAUGCUGAAUGUGGGCACAUUCGCGACUUUCUGGCGCCGCACCAGGCCAAGUUAGUCGAGCUUGACGCCGAGGUCGAGCGCCUCCGCGUGCAGCUCGACGCCACCACUUCGGAGCGUGAUAAGCUGGGCAACUUCGUCGCGGCGCAUCACGCCCUGCUCUCGCCUAUGCGGCGCAUUCCUGAAGACAUCUUGCGGCUGAUCUUCUUGAAGACACUCCCUGAGCGGCGGAACACAGCGAUGCAUCCGAGCGAGGGGCCAUUGCUCCUGGCCAGCGUGUGCAGGUACUGGCAGGACCUCGUUAUGGCUACUCCGCAGCUCUGGUCCACCAUUCACGUGGUCGUUGCGCGGUUUCCGCCAAUCCCCCCCGGCUGGGUCGGCGCGCUGCCCCAGCAGUGGUAUGUCGCGCCCCGGCUGGCCACUUUCCUCGCCCGGGGCGGUCACGCGCCGCUCGAUAUCACGAUGCAGGUGUCCCGGCAGCCGCUCGCCGAGUCCGCGGUGGACGCCGCCGAUUCCAGCGGUGUACCUGGCAGCGGGCCUUCCCCAUUCUUGCGCGCGCUCAUGGGGGCUUCUGGCCGCUGGCGCAAGAUGAAGCUGUGGAUGUUGAGUAACGAGGACACGCAGGCGCUUGCCGGACUGCGGGCCAGCGAUGUCCCCCAAUUGGAGAGCUUCGACCUCAUGUCCUUUGCCGAGACCCCGCGGCUCAACUUUCUCGGGACACCAAGCCUCCGGCACCUUUCUAUCCAAGGGAACUAUCCCUCGUUCCCUCCCGACGUGUACUGGCAAAAUCUUGUGUCCCUCGACAUUCAAGUCAGCUCCACUUCGGCGCCGCAGAUGGAGCUCAUUGAAUUUCCGUUCCCCUUUUUGGCCCAUUGUGCAUCGCUGGAAAAGCUUGCGGUAACCAUCAGCGGCUACGGAUUCCUUCCCACCCCCGACGGAGACUGCUCAAUCUUGCUUCCCCAGUUGAAAUUGCUCGACCUGGGUUUCUUCGACGCUGGGAACAUGUCCACUGCGAUUCAUAUGCUCGACGUCCCGCGCUUGCACACCUUCAACGUCUCGCGCGGGCUGACUGUUGUCCCCGACAUCUUCGAUCGCCUGGACCAUAUCCGCUGCCUUGUCCUCACGCUGGACUAUCUCACUACCGACCUGCUCGUCUCCGUCCUCCGCCUUGUGCCCGUGCUCGAGCGCUUGCGGCUCAUCGGCGAGCCCAUCCCGCCUGCCGCCCCCACCGCCGCCCCCGGAUUCGCGUUUGCCUCCAAGGACCACCGCUAUCUCACCCGACUCCUCCCAAGUGACCCCGUGCCGCUGUGCCCCGCACUGCGCCACCUGGAGCUGACGUUCGUGCAGCUGACGCCGGACGCGCUCAUGGUCGACCUAGUCCAUGCACGCACCACCGCCCUGCCCGCGGCCGACCCGCCCGUGGCGCGCCUCACGGCCUUCAGCUGCUUUCUCCUGCGCGAGCCGCAGCUCGACAUGGCUGCAGCGCUCGCCGACUGUGCCGCGGCAGGCCUCGUGAUCCGGGUGGCACAGCGGCCGGUGCCGGUGCCGGUGCCAGAGACGCCGCAAUACUCGGCGCUAGAGGGCACCGAGAGCGAUGCAAUCUACCGCCCUGGCGGCCCUGCGGCGGGCGGCUUAGACGGCGCUGCGUGGUUGGUGGAGCUGUGA